AUGGUUUACUUUUGUCCUUUUUGUGGCAACAUCCUGUUUGUAGAAGAAAACGUGUCUGGACAGAUGCAGUUCACAUGCAAUGUCUGUCCUAUUUAUUUCCCAGUGAAAAAGACCAAGUCUCAUAGGAACUAUUAUAAAUUGAAGGAAAUCGACGAUGUAUUAGGAGGUGAAGAAGCCUGGAAAAACGUGGACUCAACUGAAGAAAGAUGCCCCAAAUGUAGUCAUGAUAAAGCUUACUUUUUACAAUUACAAACAAGAUCAGCAGACGAGCCUAUGACAACUUUUUAUCGGUGCUGCAACAACGAAUGCAAACACAACUGGAGAGACUAA